AUGCAGUCUGCCGCUGUCUGUACCACAAGCAUUCGGUUGAUCCAUGCCAGCGAUAUGGUCAGCGAGGUCAUUCUACGACCGAGAAGACAGUUCUGGUUGGAUUCGCCUGUCCAAACCAUUCAGCGAAGAGGCGUUCGGACCAAGCAUCGUCAUCAUCGCCAUCUGACUCCAAGCCCUCGGGUGGUCGUCCAUGGCACGAUUCUGGGUACUCUAGCGGUGGCUAUCCUUCAACAUCUGGCCGCCGGUGAUAAUGUCGGGUUCUUCCACCCUGAAUCCUACUUUCCCGAGACGACAGCAAAAGCUUUCCGAGCGUUCUCCUCUCUCGAUGUACCGGACGAAACGGGGAACUCCUAG